CAUCACAUCACUGACCACUCUUGUGAGAUUCUGAAACCUUUGUAAGAAUUCCCAUCAUUCCUCAUUCAAAGCAAAAACAAUACUCGUUCUAACUUCAAAUCUUGUGUAAUAACAAUACUCUCUAAAGUCCCCAUCUCCAAAAAUCAAACCAGCUACUUCCCAAAUAUGGCCACAAACGACAUUAAAUCCCCAAACGCAAAUCGCAUGUCCACCAUCUCCACCACAUCUGUCAGUAAACACCACCCACUCAAGCUCCCGUUCCGUAACAUAAACUAACUAUUGAAUUUACAAAAAGAUAACAACCGAUGCAUCAGCCACCGCCGAACUUUCUCUCGUCGUUGAUGAACUUCUAAAUUCUCUCUCGAAUAAAUUUGCUGGUGUUUCGAGCGAGAUCUUCGCGAAAAGUACAUCUCUCCUUUCUUUUUCCCCACACAAUCUUCCCCCGGUUUCAACUAUUUCUUACUAAUUAUAUGCGAAAUAGUGGACGAGAUGUCGCGACGUUUAGAUAAUCUAGAGGCGACUCUACAAAGUAAUAUGGAAUUGAAGGAUGGAAGAGGUAGUCCUACAAAGAUGUAGACUUACAAAGAAUCUCCGAGUACAUUACAAUGUUCUCGAUCAAGCUCAGAGCAGUUAGAGGGCAGGCAUAUAGAGUGCACUUUAGUCCGAACGUAGGUUGAUAUGCAUAUCACAGUGGGACUAAAGUUGUACGAAGGGGCGUUAAAUAAGGAAACGGGACGAGAUACUAAAGAUUGUUAUCCAAAAAGUACAUGAUUCAUAAUU